CUGACAUCUUCCAAAAUGAGCGGCCUGGACGAGGGCAGUGCGUUCUUUCUCGCUGACACCACGACCCCUGCCCAUGCCCAGGAAGUUCUGGAUCUGAACCAGGACCAGGGACUCCGCGAGGAAACCGACGCCGCGCAGGGAAUGGAGGCCGUAGGUGAGGCCCGUGCGCAGGGAGGCGCGCCCCCGGAUUCCGAGCACUGCGGCCCUGCGCUUUGCCCUGCAGUGGCUGAGAAUCGCGGUGCUGCGGCGGUGGGAGAGGGGCUGGAGGGUGCGCUAUCGCCAUCAAAGGGCGGGGAUGAAGCCUCAGCCCCUGAUGACAGCAUCGAAAAUGGCUGUCAGCCUGGAGGGCCGCGCAGCCCUGUUGGGUCCAAAGCUCUGGAAGCCUGUGGUGCCGUGGGCCUGGGUUUUCAGAUGAUGCCGGGGACGAAGAAGACUAAGGAAAUGACGGCGACCAAGUGCGCCAUCUCUGCGGCUGCGGGAAAGGAGGGAGAAGCAGGGGCAGCGGUGCAGGAAAGGAAGGGCGUGCAGAAGGAAAAAAAGGUAGCUGGAGGAGGCAAAGAGGAGAAUCGUCCUAGGGCCCCGAAGAUCAAUAAUUGCAUGGACUCGCUGGAGGCCAUCGAUCAAGAGCUGUCAAACGUAAAUGCGCAGGCCGACCGGGCCUUCCUCCAGCUGGAACGCAAAUUUGGGCGGAUGAGAAGGCUGCACAUGCAGCGCAGAAGUUUCAUCAUCCAAAACAUCCCAGGUUUCUGGGUCACCGCUUUUCGGAACCACCCCCAGCUGUCACCAAUGAUUAGUGGCCAAGAUGAAGACAUGAUGCGGUACAUGAUCAAUUUAGAGGUGGAGGAGCUUAAGCACCCAAGAGCCGGCUGCAAAUUUAAAUUCAUCUUUCAAAGCAACCCCUACUUCCGAAAUGAGGGGCUGGUCAAGGAAUAUGAGCGCAGAUCCUCUGGUCGAGUGGUGUCGCUCUCUACUCCAAUCCGCUGGCAUCGGGGCCAAGAACCCCAGGCCCACAUCCACAGGAAUCGUGAGGGGAACACGAUUCCCAGUUUCUUCAAUUGGUUCUCAGACCACAGCCUCCUAGAAUUCGACAGAAUAGCUGAAAUUAUCAAAGGGGAGCUAUGGUCCAAUCCCCUGCAAUACUAUCUGAUGGGUGAUGGGCCACGCAGAGGAGUUCGAGUUCCACCAAGACAGCCAGUGGAGAGUCCCAGGUCCUUCAGGUUCCAGUCUGGCUAAGAGCUGCCUUUCCCAGAAGCUCCUGCAGGAGAGUCCUACCACCUCCUCAGUGUGGCCAGCAGCAUGCAGCCUUCUGUCUGCUUUCUCUAUCUGUUGGAUUGUGUCCUUUGGUUCUUCUAAGUCUCCAGUAGUUUUCAAGACUGGCUUCCACAUCUGUGCUCUUUUUCCUCUAGGCCAUCACGACAUUCUGCAUAGUGUUUAUGGUAUUCCAAGUGCAUGGCCUCCCAACUGCUUCUAAGCCAAGCUCACAGUGCUGUAGUGUGUCCUGCCUUCCUUCCUUUGCAUGGCUUGGUUCCCGUCUGUGACCAUGUCUUCUUCCAGUUUCUAAAGGUGGUUCUCUACCACAAGAAAGCUUGACACAUCCUUACCAAGGACUAGCCAAGUUUCCAUUCUUUCUGCUGUGUCCCUGAUGUCUGUGUACUGUGAUGAACUGUGACUUUUACCACUGCAAGAUGGGACUGCAUCCCAACCCAGCCAUCAGCCCAACAGGACAUUCCAACUGAUCCUAGCUGCCUUCCUGGGCCUUUGCCCUUUGCCCUGCUUGUUACCGGUGUAACAAGCGAGUGACUGCUGGGGGACCGCUAGGCAUGAGUGAAGUAAGAGUCGAGGAGUGUUUUGUUUCCACACUGGCCUUGUUCCUUUGGUUACUGUACAUCGUGACCAACUCCUGGUGAGUAUGAAGGCCUGUGCAAUUGUCCAGUAGUUCUCUCCUGCUUGAGCUUUGCACAGGCCAACGUUGCUCCUCAGGAACCGUCUAAGCUGCUAGACGGCACCCAGGACGCCCUCGACAGUGUGCACCACUGCCCAUGGCUCGUGUUGGCUAUUGGGCAGGAUGUGUAGUCGUCACACGCGGCAGUACCCGUGGCAAAACUGGAGCGGUCUCUUCUAGCAGGUGGUCUCUUCUGAGCCCUAGCCAACCCGUUAUUCCCAAUCCAGGCAACUCCCUUAGGUAGCCCCCCCCUCAUCCACACCUGCUCUGAUUAAGUCUAAGGUGCCUAGGUUGGGGCAGUUAGAAACCAUUUGUGGCACACAGAGUUUGCUGUGUCUUCCUCUCUCUGACUCUUCUCUUUUUCUUCCUUGGUCCCUUUCUCUUUAAAGCAGUUACAGCCCAGAGACAGAAAAACAAAACUGGCAGGAAGGUUCAUUUUUUUUUUAACCCCUCCCCGGUGUGUACAGGCAGAAAAAACAGACACUGUAGUCUCCAAAUCUCUUGCUGCCUGCACCAUUUCACACUUCUCUUGGCAACAUCAGAAUAUUUCAGGGGAGGCCGUUUUCCCUCCUCCUUCUCCAUUCUACCAGACGCCGCCGUGCAUUUCUUAAGCUCUAGUUUGAGUGUCUGGGACAAGAGAAAGAAGACUCAAUGACAGACUGUGCCACCCCAGAGCAGGAUGUGAAUGAACUAACUAUGACUGCACCCGUUUCUAAGGGCACUGGGUCUUUCUCAGGCCUCAGCCUGUAGAAUGACCAGAGACCAGCUGCCUGCAUCAUCCCUGUUCAGUUUGCCUGACCUUGGCCCUUAUUUAUCAGCUUUUGAAUUUCCUUCCUUGUUUCCAUCCUAACAAAGGAGGGAGUGGGCUGUAGAGUGCAUUGUGGGAGAAUCCAAGCCUCUUCUGAGGGAUGGGGAAUGCGAGCCACGCUCCCUGUGGGUAUGCAGCAGUGACAGAGGCUCCUAGUUCUGAGCCGGCAGUGUUGCCCUCACCCAUUCCCUUUCUGACUUACAGGACUUGUCUGAAGCUCCUCCAGGGCUCAGGAGAUCUGGAUACCUUCAGCGGAGGCUGGGAAUUUAGCAAGAGGACUAGAGGGAAAGGGAGCGGUGUUGCAGAGUGAGUUGUAGACCAGCUGUGAUGAUUGACAUCUUCAGGAGCAAGGUUGGGGGCAGGGGUCCCUGAGGCAUGUUCUGGGGCAGAAUGGAGAGAUCAGAUGGGUUGGGAUUUAAAAGGGAUGCUUGGAGGAUUUUCCUAUAGUUUUACCUAACUCUCAGCUUCACCAAUAGAUCUUUUUUUAAACAGAUGUAAGUCUGGGUGUUUUUUUUUUCCUGUCAGAUUCCAGGAGUGACCUUUGUCUGUAGAUCAAUGGCAUACACUCCUUAUCCCACUGUGCUUGAGCAAACCCUAUGACUCCCUGUCAGCCGACUGGCAGAAUUGAUGUUUACAAGCCUGCCUCUUGCUUAUAAUUGAGAACAGUGCAAACAUUUGAAUUUCUGUCCUUUGCAGUAUGAAGAUUCCUGUGAAUAUUCAUUACUAGAUUAACUUAUUCUGAUGUCUGUUCACCUAUAGCUGUUAUUCUUAGAAAUACAAUCCGCACAAUGUGAUCUUUGACAUCUGAAAAACUGUUGCUGUGUCUUGUAAAAGUGAUUUCAAAAGGAAAUAUGUAACUUGUCCUACUGAUAUUUCUUGCUGUAGAAAUACUUGACAUUAUGUUCUUAACCAGUGUGGGGACUAGAAUUGCUGUCACAGUGAGAAUCUUAGUCCUUUGUCUUCUCCUGUGUGCUUGAAAGGAAACUAUGUUACUGUUAUGUUUCUUGUCUUCACCAAAAAGAAAUAAAUGAAUAAAGA